AUGUCAGGAGCUGGUAAUAGAGAAGCAGUUUUCCCUACUCGUAUGACCCUUGGGGUCAUGAAGGGGAAAUUGAAAGGUGCUCAGCAAGGUCACUCGCUUUUAAAAAGAAAAUCUGAGGCCUUGACCAAGAGGUUCAGAGAUAUCACUCAAAGAAUUGAUGACGCCAAGCGUAAGAUGGGUAGGGUUAUGCAAACAGCUGCAUUCUCUCUAGCAGAGGUGCAAUACGCUACAGGUGAUAACAUCCUGUACCAGGUUUCAGAACUGGUUCAAAAGGCAAGAUUCCAAGUUAAGGCUAAACAGGAGAAUGUGUCGGGUGUGUACUUACCAACUUUCGAAAGCCAUAUUAAUGAAGAUAUCAACGAUUUCAAAUUGACUGGGUUGGGAAGAGGUGGACAACAAGUCCAAAGAGCCAAGUUGGUCUAUACCAAGGCCGUCGAGACGUUGGUGGAGUUGGCUUCCUUACAAACUGCGUUCAUUAUAUUGGAUGAAGUUAUCAAAGUCACCAAUAGAAGAGUUAAUGCCAUUGAGCACGUGAUCAUUCCUAGAACCGAAAACACCAUCAGCUACAUCAACUCUGAGUUGGAUGAAUUGGAUAGAGAAGAGUUUUAUAGAUUGAAGAAAGUUCAAGAGAAGAAGCAGGAGAAUGCUGCAGCUGCUGAAAUAGAGGAAAAGCUCAAAAAGGCUUCUGAUUUGGAAAAGGAAAAGGCACUGCAAAAGAAGCACGACUUAUUACCAGCUACCACGGAAGAAAACGUCUUGUUGGAACAAAAUGCUGCUGAAGACCUUGAUAAAAAGGUUAAGGGUGAUGAUGACUUGCUCAAGGAUGACGAAGAGGAUGUUAUUUUUUAG